UUGUCUCUGCAGCUGCUGAAAAGUCUGAAGAGGCUGUCUGAGUUGCCCAUCACAGUUGACAUUCUUGUGGAGACGGGUGUCGGGAAGACUGUGAAUGGCUUACGGAAACAUGAACUCGUUGGAGACUUUGCGAAGAACCUUGUAGCCAGGUGGAAGAAGCUGGUGCCAGUUUCCCAAGAGGCAGAGAGAAAUAAUCUAGAUUCUGAAGACCGUGACUACGAGAGGAGCAGCUCAAGGAAAAGACAACGAGAACCUUCCCCCAGAGAGGAUGAAGAACCUGACCAGGACUAUUCAGAGCCUUUCCAGCCUUCCUGCAGCCAGUCCUAUAGCCCAAAUCAUAGGGAAAAGAAGCCCAAGAGGUAUCCUGGCUCUGAGAGAACCCAUCAGACUUAUGGCUAUAGCAGCCAAGAGGGUAAGGGUUGGGGCAGAUCUUCCCCAGUGCUCUCCUCGGAUCAGGAGUACUCAGACUAUGGACAAGCUGUGUCACCUGAGCCAAGUGAGAGCCCUCAGGAUAUGUACACGGACCCUUACGCCUCCGAGGAGCAGGAAGAACAGACAGUGUUUCAUCGGAAAGCCAGCAAAGGCCACAGCUUUCAGGACAAGGUGGGGGGAAGCCGGGAGAGGAAUCCUGGUGAGUCCCACGACAAAGGGAACCUGAGUCGAAGCAAAGAGCACAAGUCUUCUCACAAGGAGAAGCAGCGACUUGAUGGCAGAGGGGAAGACAAGACCUCUGCCUUCAGCCCAGAAAGAUUGCACAAGACCUCUUUUAAAGAGCAGCUCCGAGAAGCCCCAGUGGCAGGGGGCAGCAAGGAGAAGCAGAGGAUGUCAGAUGGCACCAGGAAGGAGAAGAACCGAGAAAGUGGCACCUCCAGAAAGGACAAGUUGCAUGUGCAGCCACAGUUGGAAGAGUCUUUGGACAACCAUGUUAAGAAGCCAAAACAUCGGGACUCUGAGAAAAACAAACUAGAAAAGUCCAAGCUGAGCCUGGAGACUUCUACCGCAGAGCGGGAGAAACGGAAAGCUGAGAGUGACUCCUCAAAUAAGAGUAAAGAAAAGGGGAUUUCUGGGAGCUUAAAAACUUCAGAGGGGAAACACAGGGCCUCUGAUAUGGACAAAAAAUCAAUGGGCUUUUCCUCAAGUUUUGGGGAGGGGGAAGUUGAGGAUGAAUUUGAGCAACCUACAAUGUCCUUUGAGUCUUAUCUCAGCUACGACCAGCCCCAGAAAAAGAAAAAGAAAGUGGCCAAGCCCACUGUGUCAGCUGGGGAGAAAGACCGAGGGCACAGCAAGCAGAACGGAUCCAAAGCCAGUACCAAGAGCUCGAGCUCAAGUCGAAAGAGCCCAAGCCACAAGCGGACAAGUGAGAAAAAGGCAGAGAAGAAACUACCAGAGCCUCCUAAACCAAACAGGAUACUUCUAGAUGUGGUGCCAACGUUACCAGACAUCCCACUGCCCCCAAUCCAGGCCAACUACCGCCCUCUUCCCUCAAUCGAGUCCAUCACCUGCUCCCAGACGAAAAGGAAAGCAGUGCCCUCAACAGUUGAAGAGAGCGAGGCUGGUUUUACAGGCCGCAGGUUGAAUUCAAAGAUGCAAGUGUAUUCGGGCUCUAAAACUGCCUACCUCCCAAAGAUGAUGUCUCUGUAUGAGCAGUGUAUCAGAGUCCUCAGCAACAACAUUGACUCGAUCUAUGAAGUGGGUGGUGUCCCUUUCUCGGUGCUGGAGCCAGUGUUGGAGAGAUGCACCCCGGAGCAGCUGUAUCGCAUUGAGGAAUGUAAUCAUGUCUUAAUUGAGGACACAGAUCAACUGUGGCACAAUCACUGUCUCCGAGACUUCAAGAAUGAGAAGCCAGAAGAGUUUGAAUCCUGGCGGGAAAUGUACCUUCGACUUCACGACGCACGAGAGCAGCGGCUGCUCAUGUUAGCACGGAACAUCGGCUCAGCUCAUGCCAACAAACCCAAAGGCAGAGUGGCCAAGAUGGCAUUUGUGAACUCUGCGGCAAAGCCCCCUCGGGAUGUACGGAGGAGACAGGAGAAGUUUGGAACUGGAGGACCUCUUCUGCCAGAAAAGACCAAAAUAAAACCAGUCCUCUACACAUCUAGCAAAAGCCAUGCUCGUAUGAAUGAGGAACAGUCCUAUGAUGGGCCCAGCACCAGCAGUGCCCAUUCUGUCCCGUCAUCAGGUAGCACCUUCUCCUCCUAUGACCCCAGGAAACCACCAGUGAAGAAAAUUGCACCCAUGAUGGCAAAGACGAUCAAAGCUUUCAAAAACAGGUUCUCUCGAAGAUAAGCUUGCAGCACAGAGCUGGAAAUUUCCCUCUCAUGGAGGAGUGGCACUGAAGGGGGAGAAGGUACCCAAAUAGCCCAGGUCCUUUCCAUGGAACUCUGCGGAGGCUGCAGCUGCUGGGAGAAGCUUCAGUCUGCACAAGAUGACAGCACAGUAUUUUAUCUUUUAUUCUGGUCCUUUUUAUCUGUGUCAAGCCCCCCCCCCCUUCUCCCUCCCCUUCACACUUAACAUCCUGUUUCUGGCCUUCUGUCAAAAGAAGGGUGUACAGAAUCUCCAGACAUGAGAAAAUGUGAAGUCUUGGCACCUGCUGAGAGUGGAAGAUCCAGAGACUAUUUACUAUUUAACCUCUUAAUAAAUUAUAAAAUGGUUUUAACUAAUAUUUCCCCCUUCCUUUUCCCCACUGGUACUAUUUAUGUCGCUCCCAGUAUUCUCCCCCCUCCCAUGGCAGUACAAGGGCCAGCCUUUCUCUAUGACUCAAGCUGGCAAGAGUCCGUCUGUCUGAACAGACGCUGGUUAUCAAGGGAGUCUUUCCUCGUGAUCUGGUACCUGCUGGGCCCGAAACCCCACCUGAACUCUCUGGGACGGGUAGUACUGGUGACCUAUCUGCUCAUCAGUCCAUUGGCAAGUGCAUCCAGACCCGAGGCUUUGCUCUCUACUCGUGUAUGUUAAAAUCUUAGCUCUCAACCUUCUUUCUGCUGUUACUGUAGAUCUUGUACAGAUGCUUGCAUUGUUGUGCAGGGAUGCCAAGAGCCUUUGGAGACUUUUUCUCUGCUGCUGUUGUCUUCUGCUGGCGACUGGGAAUAAAACCAUGAAGGUUUGGGGGAGAAAUUUUACUGUGCUCCAAUGAACAUUUUAAGUCUCUCUUUCUUUUGUAUUUUUUUUUUUGAGGGAGGGGACUUGGUUUUGUCUGCCUCUGGAACUGAAAACAGUUUUUAAAUAUCAAUGAAGGUAUCAAUUUGACUCUUUUAGUGGAAAGGAGGAGUACUUUUAUCUUGUUUUCUGCAUGGAAUUGGGAAGGAUUUAUUUCCAGUUUGGAAGCUGGUACUUGAAUGCUGUCCUUUCCCUCUGUGUUUCCCUCUGCCCUCUCUUUGGAAGAAGCAAGAAUUUUCAUCUUUGAACCUGAAACCACUUAAUUGGGGGUGAAGGGAAGUGAAUAAUGGAAUUUUUUUUUUUUAAUGUCUGCAUACAUCAUAGGAGUUCAAAACACUUGGUUGUAUGUGAUGUCUGAGGAACUGGAGCU